AUGGCUUCGGUGCAGGAACAAGCCUUGGGGCCAAGCAAUGGUUAUCGAUCUCCACCUCCGCAUCUACACUGGGCCAAGAUUCCCCAAUAUCUCUCUCACACAAUCAAAACAACGUUGUUGUGCUCGUCGGCAAACUACUUCUUGGCCCUAGUCCCCCCCGCUAUCGUGGCUGCCGAAUUCAAAUGGAAUCCCGUUGCCGUCUUCCUCCUCAAUUUCCUGGCCAUUCUUCCACUCGCCGAACUACUAUCAUGGUCGACGGAGCAGCUUGCAGGAAGCGUGGGACAGACGCUGGGUGGAUUGCUAAAUGCCACUAUGGGCAACGCAGUAGAAAUGAUUGUGGGCAUUACCGCGUUACGCCAAGAACAAUUCAGCAUCGUCCAAUCCAGUAUGAUUGGAAGCAUCCUCUCGUCGAUUUUGCUCAUCCUAGGCAGUUGCUUCUUCACGGCUGGUUACAAAGAGAAGGUUGUCAAUUUUAACGUGGACUUGAUUGGGGUCAUGUCUUCCUUGAUGAUUGUUUCAGCAGCGUCCCUGAUCAUUCCGUCAGCAAGCUACUUUGCAGACCUAUCGGCACAAGGCAUGGAAUCUAGCAACGACUACAUUCUGACUCUAUCACAUAUCGCGGCCAUUAUUCUCUUUUCCUUCUACGUGGUCUAUCUUGUCUUCCAGCUCAGAACUCAUGCCGAUAUCUUUGCCGACCCUGAAGCGGAGGAGCCGGAAAGCCCUGCACUGGAUCCUUGGGCGGCGAGCCUUAUUCUGCUAGCGGCCACCGUGGGAGUGUCAGUCUGCUCAGAUUGUUUAGUCGACAGCGUCGACGGAUUCGUUGAGAAGCUUGGCGUGAGCAGGGCGUUUAUCGGCCUCAUUAUUGUGCCCAUUGUAGGCAACGCUGGCGAGUUUGUCGCAACAAUUCACCAAGCAAGAAAGAACAAUAUGAAUUUUGCCAUUAAGUUAAUAGUGGAAAGCACGUUACAGAUCGCCCUCUUUGUCACUCCAUUCUUGGUGAUUGUGGGCUGGAUUAUUGGGAAGAAUAUGUCAUUGCGUUUUGACACAUUCCAAACCACUGUGCUUUCUAUGGCAGUCAUAGUGGUAAGUUGUUUGAUUCGAGAUGGACGAAGUAAUUAUUUUGAGGGCUUCUUGCUUGUUAGCACGUAA